AUGCUUAGCUCAGCCACUCUCACCCGCAAAACACCACUCUCGUUCAACUCUCUUGGGCUUUUCGGUAAGAACACAUCGUACUUCAACAGAAGGAGGACUCUUACUGAAGCUGGUUCAAGUGGGGCUAGCAUUUCGUUUCGGUACAAAAAUGGUCGUGUCAAUUGGUCUGGGCUUUCGGGUACCAUGUUUGGACAUAUGCGUCGUGUCUCUUCAGUCUCAGGUGGAAAUUCAGGUGACUCCAUCGGAAUCGGUGGUCAUUUCUGUCAUGGUACUUGGGUCUUCUCGCAAACUAUCCUGUAUCUAUACUUGAGCAAAGUGGUGACAGCUUCAGGUUUAUCAGGCGCAGUUUUGAGGCUUUUACUGGACCAGUUUGUUUUUGCACCUGUUUUUGUUGGAGUUUUCUUAUCAGCUGUUGUGACACUUGAAGGAAAACCGUCACAUGUCAUUCCGAAGCUGAAACAAGUUGGAUUAUUAUAG